AUGCGUUUUACUCUCGCUCGAUUGAAUUACAAAGUCCCGUAUCUUGGCAAGUGGAACAAGGUGCCAGGCGAUUACACUGGAGGAAAGCAUAUUUUGCCACCAAAGAUCACAGCAAAGGAUCGAGAGAGGACGCUCAAGGAGCUCUGGAGGGAGGCUCGAAACGAAAUGUGGCUUGUCAGAAACAAAAGAGAGGCUGUCAGACAAAACGUUGCUCCAAGAGUGUCAUUCCAGCGACCAAGAAGCGUAGAAGAAAGAACCUAUGAAUCAAAGCGACUCACUCAUGACUUGGCACUCGGGCCUGAUGUUACUUUUGAGGACCGUUUCAUGAACAUAGCUCAACGGGGAAAUCAAUGGACAAAACCAACUCAUGUCAAAUAUCCUUAUCUGCAGCAGCAUUUAGAAACUGGAAUUAACCCUAAAAAGCUUCAUGCGCAUUAUCCUGUCGCUGUUGAAAAACCUUUAUCAUGGCAAGAUGUCAAAGGCUUUGGCCAAAAGAAAUAA